AUGAUCGCAGUUCUCAUCUUGGUCGCAAUUUGCCUCGCCAGCGUCACAGAAGCCCGCAACAAUCGCUGCUAUCUGCCCAUUCAGACCGGGAUGUGUAAGGCAAACUUUCUGAGGUGGGGCUACAACGCAGCCACGCAGCAAUGCGUUCCCUUCCUGUACGGCGGCUGUGGUGGUAACGCCAACCAAUUCAAGUCAAAAACGGUUUGUGAGAAAGCGUGCAAGCGCGGCUAA